AAGUGACGGAAGACACAGUUUCUAAAAACCUUGACAUGCACCAGGGCAGAUCCGUUAGGAAUUCACGCUCGUGUGCACGCGGAUUAUAAAUCAAAACGAUGGUACCAUCUACUAUAUUAUUUAUUCACAACAGAUCUAGACUCCAGCAAUCAUUGGGUCCCGUUCAUCGAUCAUUAUAUAGAAAUUCAUCAUGCCACAUAUGUUAUCCUCUGCGUCUCGUACUCGCGUAAUUACCUCGAUCGCCCGCUUCCAAAACCUUGGCCAGCGGUGUAUGAGCGUCCGCCCAUUAAAAUAUGAGCAUCCCACAAACACACCCGGCGAAUCUUCCCCGCAGAAACAAGCUUUACCGCCUCCCCGCAAAAAGGUGACAAUCGCCUCUCUGCACGCCCUCCGUCAAGAACGCACCCCGAUCACUGUGCUUACAGCGUAUGAUUAUCCCACUGCACGUGCUGCAUCUACACACGGCAUUGAUGUCACCCUUGUCGGUGACAGUCUAGCCCAGGUCUGCCUAGGCUAUUCCAGCACCACUUCACUCACUCUUGAUGAAAUGCUUCACCAUUGCCGCGCCGUUGCCCGAGGAACAACCGCACCACUUCUUGUUGCAGACAUGCCGUUCGGAAGCUUUUAUGCCGGGAAAGAAGACACGGUUCGAGCAGCUGUCCGCAUGCUCCAGGAGGGAAACGUGGAAGCCGUGAAACUGGAGGGAGGGAGUGAGAUCGCUGGACGUGUGCAAGCACUCACGAGUAUCGGAAUCCCCGUAAUGGCCCAUGUGGGGUUACUACCACAACGUCACACCGCGCUCUCCGGGUACCGGGUCCAGGGGCGCACAGCACAGUCUGGUAGAUCGAUUCUGCACUCGGCCCUCGCCCUAGAGGAGGCAGGAGCGUUCUCCAUUGUUCUCGAGGCCAUUCCUUCCUCUCUUGCUGCAUACAUUACGUCGCGGUUGAAGGUGCCCACUAUUGGUAUUGGUGCCGGCCCGGGUUGCGCUGGGCAGGUGCUUGUGUGGGACGACGUAAUGGGGACAUGGGCAGGGCACAAGGCAAAAUUCGUCAGACGGUUUGGGGAUGUUAAGAGUGAGGUCGAACGAGGUGUAAAGGCAUAUGCCAGUGCUGUUAGGAAUGGCGGCUUUCCUCAACACGAGAAGGAGGGUUAUCGAAUGGAUGACGGAGAAAUGGAGAAGCUAUUGGAGAUGGAAGGUGACCGAGAGUGGACGUGGAGCCCUCCGGAACUGAUGUCAAACUGACCAGAUGCUUCAAUGUGGCUGUGCAUCUAUUAUUAAUUGGGAUCCCGAGGUGUACGUAGGUACUAUGAUGAAUUACAAGUUAGUCUAUACUUUUUUUUUGGAUUUAGGAGACUUGCUUCGAGACAUGUUGAGGAAUCAUGAAAAGAUUUAUUCCCGUGUAUGGAGGAAAUAAAUAGAUAAGA